GCAGUGAGGGGUUGGUUCGGCGGUUGGGUGUUGCGCGUGCGCAGAGUUGGCGUCGCGCCCUUCGCCGAUUCCGGCGGCCCAGGACCGGUGUUCGGUGCCGCGCUUCUUCCGCUGCCCCACCGCCUCCCGGCGGGCGGCCGCGCGUCCCCAUGGAGGAGCCGCUGGCGCUGCACCCCGUGAAGCUGUAUGUGUACGACCUGUCCAAGGGCAUGGCCCGCCGCCUCAGCCCCCUCAUGCUGGGGAAACAGCUGGAUGGCAUCUGGCACACCUCCAUAAUAGUCCAUAAGGAUGAGUUCUACUACGGUGCUGGGGGAAUCUCCAGCUGUGCACCUGGAGGGACGCUUCUUGGCCCCCCAGACUCGGUUGUUGACUUGGGGAACACUGAAGUUACAGAAGAAAUCUUUCUGGAAUAUCUUUCCUCCUUGGGGGAGUCUAUGUUCCGAAGUGAGUCUUACAACCUCUUUGAACGUAACUGCAACACCUUCAGUAAUGAAGUGGCACAGUUCCUGACGGGAAGAAAAAUCCCUUCCUACAUCACUGACCUUCCAUCUGAGGUUCUUGCCACACCUUUUGGACAAGCUUUACGGCCCUUCCUGGACACCAUCCAGAUCCAGCCACCUGGAGGAAAUACCUUUAGCAGGGAUAAUGGACAGAGCUAACAAGAGUGACCUGCUGUGCCCAGCCUCACCAGGCCUCUUCCUUUUUAAGCACGAAUCUACCAGAUUUCUAUUUUAUAAUUUCCCAUCACAAUUAACUCUACGGAAAUUACGAGACCAGUUUUAAAACUUCUUAGGGAGAGGAUUUAUCAGGGUGCAUGCAAGACAAGGCUACCAAAAAGAUUGCCAUAAUUUCUAAUAGUAUUAUACUAAUUUAUAAAGGCUGUCUUGCCUGAAGUAGGCUGAUACUUUCUAAGUAAUUCCUCUGCUGGGAAGUGGGAAUUCAUUCCAUGAGCAUUCAAGCCCAUUACACAUUUUGAAGUAAAGGGGGUGUCCUAGCCAUCCCCUACAUACUCGCACGUCUUUCUCUUGUCACUGUCAAUAUUAUGGGGGUAUUUGCUGAAGUCUCUAGCAAGAGAAGACAGGGAAGUACUUGUAGCCUAGGAAGUAAAGGUGUCCCAAUACUCGUCUUAUGCAUAUUUCAUUAACAUUGUGUUAUUUGCUCAGGGGAAAAGCUGAACUCAUUUGAUAGGAGUAUUUGCAAUGGCACAGCAGUAGUGAAGGUGGCCUAGCUGAACCAGGCGGUGUCACUUUCAAGGCUCACACUUCCAAUGGGAUUAACUGCGUGUGGGAAGGAGGCUGCAACUGAAAAAUACCAUGAGUCUCAUGAGAUCCAAGAGUUAUGGGAGAGAACAGCUGAAAGAACAAAAUCUUUCGAGUGCAAGUGAUAGAAGCAAUGGAUAGAACCUUGUUAACGGUUUACCUUUGCAUAGGAACUGUUUGUUCUCACUAAGCAAGAGGUACAGCAUGGCAGUCUCUUGACAACAUGAUGUAGGCCAAUUCUGCCUUCAGUAUUUUGUUGCAGACAUGGUAGGAGUUACAGCUGUUUCUGAUAUUGUUCUUUCCAAAGCAGCCAAGUACAUCACAGAGAGGGCUGCGUGAGGAAAAACAGGUGGUAGGUCUCCCUAAAUUUAAAGAAAACAAGAGUAAAAUUAAGCUUUCCUGUGGAACAGGUAAGUUGAUUGGGAUUCAUGGAGAAGUGGCCCUAUUCUCAGACUGACACUAGGUUAUGUCAAUUCUGCAUCUUUGAAUUUAAGAUUCUUACAGCAUUGCAAUUAUUCGCAGCAGAAGAAGAUGAUAGGAAGGAAAGAACAGGCCCGCUGAUUUCUUUUCAUGCACGUAUAUAUGCUAUUUUCCUGAACAAUUCUGUAGCAAGUACGCUUAGGAAGGAAGACAACAACAUCAGAAGAACCCCGAAACAUCACCCCCAAAUGGGCAUUGCACAUCUCAGAUACUGCUGAAAAAGCAUCUAUGCAAAUGUAUAGUCCUUUGUCCAGUGCUUUGUUGGGACAACAUUCACUGCAUCUCCAACUUCCUGCGCUGGAAACUCACUGCAUACCUGACAGAGGUGUCCUUCCCCUGCUGAGCAGCUUCUCUCAGAGUAAAACAACUUAGUGUGUUUCUCACGCUGUUAGUCAGAGCGGACUAUAAUGGUUCAUAUUUUUGUGGGGAUGGAACGAAGGAAAACUGCGGUUCUGUCACUCUGCCCAGUAGGCUGUUGCUCUGCACCUUGUGGAAUUGUUACACGAGUGGAAAUCAGGUCCUGUCUGUCCUUCCUGCAGUUGUUUGUGGCUGCUCUCAGUGCAGGUGGCCUUUGCACCACAGAAUGGUUUUCGUUGGUGGUCGUGUUUGGGUUUUUUUAUCUCUCAAUCUCUGCUUGUGCCAUCAACUUCUCCUGGAGUGUUUCAUUUGGGCUGGACUAGGAGAUGGCUGUAGCAGUUAGUAUAGAACAGCUUCACGCAAAAGCUUUCAAUCUUUCCUCAUCCAAAUGUACUGUUUGCAAAAAGCACUCUAUAGUAAAUCAUUUACCAUACAGCACCUUCUAGUGCUUCUGGGGAAGAACUGUUAGGUUUGUUUUCUGCUAAGCCAUAGAAGCCAUAGCUUAGUUUUUCCGCUGUCUGUGUAUAUCGCCUCUGAAUUCUUGAUGCCUAUUUUGUGGAGAGAUCUUGGUCUCUGAUCUUCCUACAGACAUGAUUAUACCACAAAAUACAGUAGCACAUUAGACAUCUUGGAGCUUCCCAAGUCCAUCAGGCACCAAAGCUGAUACAAUGCAGCACAACUUCUGGGUAUGCUGUCUUGGUACCCACCAGCAGCACAGCUGUGGCUGGUUCUUUCAGCAAACCAUUGCUUCAGGUACAGCAAUCUGCUGGUACAGCUGCUCAGCAGGGGCAACGCAGGCACCUUGGCCACUGCACACGCUGUUUCAUGAUGAGUGUGUCCACUUCAGAGGUCCUGAGCCCAGUUUCUGUUUGCCUGCCUAUUUCAGAAUGUAUCGGUGGGUUACAUUUCUCGGACAUAUUCUGUUUGCAGUGAUGAUGGUGCUCCCAGAGGGCCUCCUUGUCUCCAGCCCUACUCUGUGUUUUGUGUAAAGGAUCUGUAGGAGGAGGUCUUGUUUAUUUGAUCUGACUGGGUAACAAGACCCUUGUACCCUGUAGGCCUCUUAGGAAACCCAUUUUCUCCAAAGAUGGUUAGGUGUAACUUGCAGAUCUGUGCACAAACCAUUCCUCCCAGCCAUAUGUACUCAUAGAAAUAUAAACUAGAAUGAGACAUGUAUGUAAGUGUAUAGGGGUGGUGAACCUCAGCCAGCUGAUUGACAAAGGGGCAGGGCAGCUGCACUCCUGAAUGGGAGCAGAAUCCUUUGCUCACGCUUCCUGAUCUGUUGUCUUAUCUCUGGGGUUCCCCCAUGCCAUUUAAAAAAUGUUAAUUAAUAACAUCUUUAGACAGAAAGUGAUGUUUUGAUUUUUUUCUAUUACAAUUAAAAAAAAAAAAAAGUCGUG